AAAUUUCAUCAUAAAUUCCAAUUCUUCUUCCAUCACCAAAUUCCGCCCCAAACUUUCGUCCUCUCAAAGAAUGGGAUCCACAGAGAGACCAAAGAGAAGAGCUCAGCUCUGUAAAAAAGCCAUCGUCCACUUCUCCCUCUGCUUCGCCAUGGGAAUGAAAUAUAGGGUGUUUGGGACAUGGCCAAUGGCAGUGGUGACAGCAAACAAGAAGAAGGUGAUAAUUGAAGGGCCUGUGUGUGAUUCUUCUCAAGUAAUUGGAUGGCAUUUGAAAAAAGUGGCAAACCAAACACAGCCAAAACCACACAUCCAUAUCUCCAGUUUUGCCUUCAAUAGUUCCAUUCUUUGGGACCCUGAGAGAUGGGGUCGCACUUCCUCUAUCCAAGACACUUCUCAGAAGUCGGUCAAUUUCGUGAAACAAGUGGUACUCGAAGAUGAAGCUAAACUCACCGGCAUUCCAUCGGGAGAUUGCUCAAAAAUCAUGUUGUGGAACCUCCGUUCCUCCAGAAAAACUCCCCCAACCAAUCAGCAGUUGCCACCUGUACAGGAAGUCACCCAGACUCCGUCACAGCAAGGGACAUGAUAAACAAACCCAAAAGUAAUCCGACGGCAGAAACUAUAUUUUUGGAAGGGUAGCAUUGGCCCAUCCAACGGUGCUAAUUUUUCCGACAUUUUCCAUUUUUUAUUCUUUUCUUUUUCUGAGAAUUUUUAAUAGGUUUGAUACAUAAAUGCUUCUCAUUUGUAACUGUUAAUCUCUCUGUUUCUAUCUACAAAGAGAACUUCCGGUAUAGACCCGUUUCGAAACGGGGCAGGUGGGCCCAUGUAGAGCACAAAUAUGCUGAUCUGUUGUGGCCCAGUGGGCUGGUGGCUGACUCUAUAACACUGGCCCAUGGAUUUAAGAUGAAGUUUCCAAUGUCUUUGAACUUGAGUUCUAAAUUUUGAAGAAAUAUGAUUUCGAAUUUUGGAGGAUA